AGCAUAUUAAUUAUUAGUACCAGACGGCAGACAACCAGUACUAUAUCAUUAGGACUUAGGAUCCUUAUGUGUUCUCAAUUACAUGUAUAAAGACUGCCUUUGUAAAGAAUAUUACUGCUUGCCUGCAAAUAAGUUUCUAAUCUUGCUCCUUCAGAGUAAAGCCCGCUGGAGUUCUGUUUUAUUUUCAGUACCGUACACUGCACAGCAGCUCUUAGUCAUCACUUACUUUACCAACUUGCUCUUAAGAAGCUCCAGGCUGUGCUGCCCAGGCUGGACCUUCAGUAAAUUGUACAAACUCAUAUGAGGCGCAGUUUAGGGCAUGGCUACUGCAACUAACUGGCCUGGGAAUUGAAUGAGACACUGUCAAUGUGGAGACUGACCUACAAUGCAAAUCCUCAAUUUUGUACCCUCUAUGCCUAUUCUCUACUUAGAUCCUCAAAGUCACUACACUAUUGUGAGGCAGCAUUGGACAAGUUUUCAGAGGCCCCCAAUUAACAUUGACAGGAAAAAAUGCAUAUUUGUCCAUACUAGGUUGUUGGCUGGCUAUGUUCCCGCUGCUGACUAUACUGCAGCAGCUGUUUCCAAAUGUCAAUACCACAAUAACUUCAUUAGAUGUCUCCAAUUCACAUUAACAUCUGUUUGAACGAUUACCAUUGCAAAUGUAAGCUCAAUUAAUAGGAUUUAAAUAGGAGAAUGUCGGUCCUGGCAUUGAUGAAAAGUGGAUUUUUGUACCGUGCGUCAGUAAAAAUUGUUCAAAAAAUGCCUAGCAGUGAUAUGAGUAAAUUUAGGAGUGUUUUUAAGAACUCAAAGAAGAUAGUUGUUCUUACUGGGGCGGGAGUGUCAGCUGAGUCUGGAGUGCCAACAUUUCGUGGCUCAGGAGGUUUGUGGCGCACCUUCAAAUCUCAAGACUUGGCCACUCCUGAAGCAUUCUACCGAGAUCCGUCCCUUGUGUGGGAAUUUUACCAUUACAGAAGAGAAGUCAUGGCUACCAAGAAGCCUAAUGCAGCACAUGUUGCCAUUGCUGGGGCACAGGACUUCCUGCGAAGUAAAGGAUUUGAGUUGAAUGUCAUCACCCAAAAUAUUGACGAGCUUCAUCAUGCUGCUGGCACCAAGGACGUGAUUGAGCUGCAUGGCUCUCUCUUCAAAACCUCCUGUCUUAAGUGCCAUAAAAUCAAGCAGAACAGACAAAGCCCUAUAUGUGAAGCCCUCAGAGGCAGAGGAGCCCCCGACCCGAACGUGCGGUCUGCUAACAUCCCCGUUGAGUCCUUGCCUCGGUGCCAGGACUGUGGGGGCCUCCUGCGCCCCAGCGUCGUGUGGUUUGGGGAGUCGCUUGAUGAAGACAUCUUACUUAGGGCCAACGAGCUGAUCAACGAAUGCGACCUGUGCCUGGUGGUUGGAACAUCUUCGGUGGUCUACCCCGCGGCGAUGUUCGCGCCCUCAGUGGCCGCGAGGGGCGUUCCUGUCGCCGAGUUCAACAUGGAAGUCACGCCAACCACUGAAAGAUUUGG